CUUAUACGAAAGAAAAUGAAACCGUACCAACCGUCGGAGAAGCUGGUGGUACGGGACAGUGUCUCGCUUAGUAUGGACGAAGAUCUGAGCGAUGACGUUGAAGAUGAAGUGUUCAUACGGGACGGGCGCACUUGCCGAACGUAUGAGGACCGUGGGGCGAAACGUCCGCUGAUGGCACCUAGAAGUCGAGCGGGAAACAACAGCAAAUCAACAAGUUGUGGAACGUCGAGUCCAAUUUUGAAAAAGUAUCGUAGACGACGAUGCUGGAAUUGCUGCGAACCAUUCUGCUAUGGGUUGGCUGCUAUUACGGUACUUAUCGGCCUUAUCGUACUGGCGGCCCUAUUGCUGACGGCAUUCCCUGCACCGCUGCAAAAGAUCAAAGUCUGGCUGCACAAGGAGUCACCCUUCAGCGGUGCCGUGAUUCGGGACGGAUUCAACAGUUUGCUGUACAGCGGAUCGGACGCCGGGAAUGCUUCGCUGGAGGUGGUACCGUGCACACAGAUCACGGUGCAGAAGGUGUGGACACGGGUGAUUGCUCGGGUUAACAGCGAAAGUCCGCUGCGUAAGCUGGAUGUCAACGGUGAUGGGGUGCAGGAUGUGAUUGUCGGAUAUGGGAUCGAUGAGAUGAUUGAUGAUUCGCGUGGGUUCAUUCCGCGGUGUACCUCGCAGAAGACGGGUUUGACGGAUAUGUGCGGCGGCGGGUUGCUGGCGCUGAAUGGCAUCAGUGGCGAUACGCUGUGGCAGCGGUGGACGUCGUUUACGAUUUUUUCACUUAAGUGUGCCAUUGACAUCAACUCGGAUGGGCAGAGCGAUUGCGUGGCGGCCGGAAGGGGUGGAUUGAUUUUGGCGGUUGAUGGUAAAAAUGGAAACAUUCUGUGGGAGUUGAAGGACUAUUCGGAUUUGGAGAGUUACGCCGAAACGAGCAUUGAUUUGUAUACGAUAAAUGUGGUGAGAGAUUUGAACAAUGACGGUAUUCCGGAUGUCCUGGCGGUUCACGUUGAGGAAACGCAAACGGCUCAUGGAGGGCAUAUUAAGCUGAUUUCCGGAGCUACGGGAAUAAUUCUGAAGAGUAUUCCGACGCCGUAUAGAGAGGAGAUGUUUGUGCCGAUUCAAGUUUUGGUACAAAAUGGUGGUUCGGAGCAGUUUUUGAUGGUUACCGGAGGGCAAAACUCGCCGGGUGGUAUCUAUACUUUAAAGCAGGAGAGCCUGAUGAAGUUCACUGAUGAGAAGGACUUUGAUCCUGUAAUGCGGCUUGACUCAUCAGGAUUUAUGGUGCCGGCAGUGUUGACGGAUUUAAAUAACGAUUCAGUAGAGGAUGUUGUUGUGAGUUCUUUCAAUUCUACUAUCUACGCCUUCGAUGGGGUGAACAAAACGCAGCUUUGGGCAUAUACUAUUCCAGAUUCGGAAAGUGUCAGCUCGAUAGUUCCUGGUCAUUUUGACCACGACAAUGUCACAGAUUUCAUGGUAAAGUAUAACACUGGACCAGGUUUUCCGAUCUAUUAUUAUUCGCAAACGACGAUUCUGAAUGGUACAAACGGAAAACCCUUCCUGGACAAUACUGUGAAGGACUCAGGGGGCCCUAACAGUUUACUUGGAGGUGUCACUGUUUCCCAGACAGGCGGUGGUGACUUCUUUCUACAUUGGCAGCUUCAAUGUAGGAACAAACUUAAAACCAGUGAAGAGUACCAAUUUAUUCCAGAAAGCGAUAUCAUUCAGCAAUCACGGGCAGACACUUGUAUGCUUCGAUACAACGAAUCAUCGGUGCUUAAACUGUAUGCAAUCAACCGUCACAUGGAACCUCCGGGGGCAGUAAUCUUUUCCACGGACGAUUUGUUGAUCAAACUGAACGAAACCGAGAGACAACAAUUGCGAGAAGGAUACGUAACUCCGAUUAAGCAUCCCAAAAUGAAACUGAAAGGAAAGGAUGAUGGCCGGAAGGCUAGUGAUACGCAACAGAUUCAGGUACGUAUGGACAAAAAGUUGGACCAACACAGAGUGUCCGGUAGUGUGGAAGCCAAUCAGUCUCAGGCCGAUGAUGUAGGCGUCGUGAUGACGGGUCCUAACAAGGCCGCUACAGAGUUGAGGAAACAACGGCUUCGCGAGCAAAUGUUGAACACCAACCGAAUACCGGAAACGCUGGAAGUCGAUGAAGAGAACAAACGGAAGGAAAAGCUGAACAUGAAUAAUGUCUAUAAGAAAUACACCUACAAUGCGAAUGACGGUGAAGAUCUGUUGAAUGGUGGAAACGAUAAACCUUACAUUUAUCUACCUUACGAUCAAAUGGAUGCAAAUUCGCGAAACCCUUUUAUGCAGAACCAAAUUCCUGUUCCACCGCCGCAAUUGGAUUACGAUUACGGUGCAGUUAAUGACGAGAAUGAACGCCGUAGAUAUCAGAGACCACACUAUAGAAGCAGUGAAAAUCGCUAUUCAGGUGGAAGGGAUGUACGAAGUAAAUUUGGAGUUUUCGAUGACGUUGACUUGCAUGACCCAUCGCUAGAGGAUCAAGUGUUCAACGAGUCCAAUCCAAAUUCGCAGAUUGUUAAAAAAGUUCUUCUUAACGAUGAAAUUUUAGACGAAAUGAAGGAAAAUGAAAAUAAUUCCAAAGGGUCCAAGGAAACGCUAUGGGAUCUGGAAAUGGAAAAGGAAGCCAAAGAAGCCAUAAAUGAUGUGAGCUCUUUGAACUACGAUUAUAACAAAGAAAAACGAGAAUCCCAACCAAACGCAGUUUCGGUUCAACCAUCAUCAACUACAAGCGCGUCUCCUCCAACGACAACGGAGUCACCGCCGAAUGGAAAUAUCCUUCCAUCGAUCGCCUCCUCGGGAGUGCUUCUUAAAUCACUGAACUCCUCCACCGUGAACCCAACCAUAGACUACGUGUUCGUGAUGAACAUCCGCGAAUCGGAAACCUACCCGCCACUGUUCCUCGAACGGGAUCUGACUUGCGUACAGGAGAAGCUCUCCGCCUACCAGACCUUUAGCAGUGACGACCUACUGCAGCUGGAAAAGAAGUUCCUAAAGCAAUGUUUGAAAUCACGCAUCCCAAAUCUGAAACCUAGCUAUCAGAAAUACGAAACGCAGAUAAUCGUCACCCGAGUGGAGAUUGGCUGUUCAUGCAGUACAGAUCUGAAUCCCUCGCGGGAAGUGUGCUCCAAGCUGCACAGUUACGAGCAACAACGGUGGACCGAAUACAUGGGAAAUACCGGAAGUGGUACCUACUGA